GCCUUUGGUUCAGAAUUAAUCAGGAACAGCAUUUAUGAACUUAUUAUUACAUAAUGAUUCAUUAAUAAAGUAUCUCCCUGUCUGUCCUCUACUAACUCAUCAUUAUAGUCCUUGUUUCAGAGUUAUGGAGGAACUUAUUAAUGAUUUAUCAAUUAUCAUUCAUUCCUCCCUCAUUCCUUCAUAACUGCUCAUGAUUGUGUGCACCGUAUGUCAUCUUUGUGUUUUUAUGUGUUUUAAAACUGUAUCAUCUUUACAAUCUCUGCUGAACUUAACAAAACACUGUUGAUUUGGUUUUACUCCAAUUUUUUUUUCUUUUUUUUUUUUUGCUUUUAGUCAUCUUUAUUGUAGCUGCUUUGACUUUGACUGGACUUUCUGUUGACUUUUAUCACCCUUAUUCAUGUGUUUGACUCUCUCCUUUAUUUUUAUUUCCUGAGAUUUGCCCGAUUUCAUUAAUUGUGUUUUUAUUUCUGUGUAACUUUUGUUUUGGAAAGAAAUGUAUAAAGCGAUGUUAUAAUGAUAAUGUUUAUGGACCAUAAUGUUUUUCCAUCAUUUCUGGAUGACGUGAUGGAAACUAAACCAGAAAUAUGGGAUUAACAGUGUGUUUCACGUGUAUUUUCCAUUCUUACAGAAACAGCCUACAAGACAGGACUUGUCAUGGUUUCUUAGCAUUCUUCUCAUGAAAGGUAUGUUGAAAUGUGAACUCCAAGCAGUGUGACAGUUUGUUAUCAUCAUAUAUAUCAUCAGCUAUCUUCAAAAUGCUCCUGAUGGCCUGAUGAAGCUCCACCUCCUACCAUGUGACGCAAACAGGAAAGAGAGUUAUUCUUUGUUGCUCUGACAAGAGAUUCACAAACUGAGAGACAGAUAUUAAAAUUAAUCGCCAUAACUGAGGAAGGAUUGUCACCACGAUACUGAAUACUUCUCUUCAAAUCUGCUGCCAACUAAAAAGAGGAUGAAUCAAAGUGAAAGUAACUGAGGAAACUUGUUACAGCAGCGAGGGAAAACACAACUGACUGUCUUCCUGUUUUAGCCUUCGGCUGGGUGUGUUUUUGGCUUCACUCGAAGAGGAAAUGGCUUCCUGUUUAGCGAAGGAUCUCUCCUGUCCUGUCUGCCAUGACAUCUUUCAAGAUCCUGUUGUCCUGUCAUGUAGCCACAGCUUCUGCAAAGCCUGCGUGCAGAGCUGGUGGAGAGAAAAACUACCACAUGAGUGUCCGGUUUGUAAGGAAAGACAUUUACUGAGUGAUCCACCUCGUAACCUGGUAUUAAAGAAUCUGUGCGAGACCUUCUCACUGAAGAGAGAUCAGAGAGCUUCAGCAGGGUCUGAGGCUCUCUGCAGUCUGCACUUUGAGAAACUGAAACUUUUCUGUCUGGACCAUCAGCAGCCAGUGUGUCUCGUCUGCAGAGAUUCAAAAACACACAACAACCACAGAUUCAGACCCAUUGAUGAAGCUGCACAAGAUCACAAAGAGGAGCUCCAGAAAUCUCUGAAGCCCUUGCAGGAGAAACUGAAGCUCUUCAAAGAAGUUAAAGGAAACUGUGAUCAAACAGCAAAACACAUUAAAUUUCAGACCCGAAACACAGAGAGGCAGAUUAAGGAGCAGUUUAAGAAGCUUCACCAGUUUCUACAAGAGGAAGAGGAGGCCAGGAUUGCUGCUCUGAGGGAGGAGGAAAAGCAGAAAAGUAAAAUUAUGAGGAAUAAGACUGAGGCUCUGAGUAAAGAGAUAGCAGCUCUUUCAAACACAAUCAGAACCACAGAGGAGGAGCUGAGAGCUGAAGACGUCUCAUUCCUGCAGAACUUCAAGGCUGCAGUGGAAAGAGUCCAGCAGCGCCCCCUGCUGGAUGAUCUAGAGCUGAACUCAGGAGCUCUGAUAGAUGUGGCCAAACACCUGGGCAACCUGACCUUCAACAUCUGGAACAAGAUGAAGGAGAUGGUCUCCUACACUCCUGUGAUUCUGGAUCCAAACACUGCUCAUCCAGGGCUCAUCCUGUCUGAAGAUCUGACCAGUGUGAGACGUGGAGAGACACAGAAGCUUCCUGAAAACCCAGAGAGGUUUGACUAUUAUUGCAUUGUCCUGGGCUCUGAGGGCUUUAACUCAGGGACUCACAGCUGGGAUGUUGAGGUUGGAGACAGUACAGGCUGGGUCCUGGGUGUGGCAGCAGAGUCUGUCCAGAGGAAGGGAGACAUAAAGUCUGGAUUAUGGAGAAUAGGGUUAUCUAAUUGUAAAUACGCAGCAGUCUCCCCAUCAGUUCCCCACACUACUCUCUCAGUGAAGGAAAAGCUGCAGAAGAUCAGAGUUCAUCUGGACUGGAACAGAGGAAAACUGUCAUUCUCUGAUCUUGAUACUAACACACACAUACACACCUUCACACACACUUUCACUGAAAGACUGUUUCCAUACUUCAACAAUAGGAAUGAACUCCAACUAAAAAUAUUGCAGAGAAGACUCUGUAACAGUGGAACAGCCCAGUUAGAGAUGAUGAUGAAGCAUGAAUAGUAAUAUUUUUUUAAAAGGAAAUGCUGCACACUUAGAGCUCUUUACUGUGUAUUAAUGAGAGUUUAUUAUCUUUUGUGCUUGCAAGGUGGCUCUGAUAAGUUUAUAGUUUGGUUGUCAGCUUGUAUUCAAAGCUUGAUUCCAAUGUUGACCCAGAAUCAUGGAAAAAUAACAUCAAAAUGUCCACGUAAACUUCUCAAACGACUCCUGCAGCAUAACCAGCUUCUGCACUGCUGAUAUUCUCCAAGAUUUUUUAUUGAGUUUGUCUUGUCUUUUUAGAGAGCUUGAGUUGGUUCUGGAAAUGUUGACUGACAUAUAUGUAUGUGAAAAUACUAGACUUGAUAUUUAAUUGAUGUUAGCAUAUUAUGAUUGGCUGUUUCAAUACUACACACUAGCAUCGGCAUCAGUUAUAGUAUUUGCUUUUAUAUGAUAGUCUAACAGUGUAGUCAGACUAUCAUAUAAAAGAGUAAACAUUUUUUGGUUCAAGUGUUGAAAUUAUUAUCAGUAUUAAUAUAUGUAGUUAGAAGACAAAGUGGACAUAAGUUUGUGCCACAAUCAUUUCUUCAAUAUAUCGUAAAAAGUAACGUGACUCUACUAAUCAAACAUGUCACUCUGUGCUCUUUAGCUUCUUUGCUAACAUGAUAGUUAUAUUUGCUUACUAGUGUAACUUACCUAGGAGCUCACAAAUGUUACUGUUUUUUAAAGUCUGUUUACAAAUGUACAAGACUUACCUUUUUCAGAGGUAUUUUUUCAUCAGCUCAUACAUGUCUUUGUUAGUUUUGACAGGAAUAGUUAUCCUGGAAUAUGAAGUAGCAAAAGUUAACCAAGUCUCAAAAUAACUUUGGCUGACUAGUCUGUUAGCUAGCUUUAGUGAGCUACGGUUAAUCUGCUAAAGUAACUUCAUCUACUAGGUCUGUCACUUUUUAUUCAAAAUUUAAACUACAAUUUCAACAUGGGAAAAAUUUGUAAUGUUUGAUCAAAGACCAGCUUCAAAUUUAACAGUGUGUAGAAACACAACAGGCUCCAGCGAGGGGUUUUCCUUAAAUGCACUGUGAAUGACUGUGGGAGCCAUGGCAUGCCCUGUUGGCCUAUAAAAUAGGCUAUUGUUGUUCUCUUGCUAAUGAAAAGUGAAGAAAACAUGGCUGUUUGUCAAUGACAGUAAAAUUAGUUUAGGAGUAUAGGUUCAUAUUAAUUCAGACAAAAUAUGUUUGUUUGAAUUAAUUCUAAUUAGAUUUAUUGAAAAAGUUCUACUCCUAUUACUAACCCAAACUUAACCCCACAGUAAUUUUCUGAGAACUUGUCAGUUGUUAAUUUUAGUCACUGUGGUGUAAAGCUACUGAAAUGCUGAAUCAUUGUAAGGUCAAGAUGUCUUGCAUGACUUUAACAGGCUUGUAACCUCUCUCACACUCAGUGGGGGCCUGAUGGACCAUGUGACCUUGCAGGGGUUCAACUCUUAUUAGUUUGUUGCAAUGACUGGCUCCUUCCACAGAUAACGAGGGGAGCUGUUUGCAUCAGUUUAUGACCUUGUUGUCUCUUGUGCCGAGGUAUAAGUCAAGUAUUCUUUAAACAUUUGUAUUGUUUAUUUUAUUCUGUAAUUGCAUUCUGUGUGUGUACAAUUGCUUCCUGGGCUCAAAAUUAAAGUACUUUCAUCUAAGACAACAGAGACCUGACCAGAGAGUUUUGGGGUUAACAUUUGCAGAAAUGCUCCCUGCAAGUCUAAAGCCAGGGCUACAACCUGUCAAAUGUUUUUCUUAAGAUGGAGAAGUCAUGACCUGCCGUACUCUACCUCUGAUUGGCUAGUACUCAUUACCUUCGUUGAUUGGGUUGGUUGGGUUUAGGCAUGAGGAGUGAGAUUGGUUAGGGUUAGGGUAAGAAUAUCAGGGUAAGCCAAUCAGAGGCAGAGUAGGGCGGGUCAUGACUUCGCCAUCCAAGGAAAAACAAUAUCGCCAACCUGCCCUCGGUUGCUAAGGUUGUUGCUAAGGUUGUUACAUGGGUUGUUGACAUUGAUUGGAUUUCAGCUCCAACAUGCACAGAUGUAUUUGAGAAGUUGACAUUUCGAGUAAACAAUGAGAAAAAGAAGUGAAAUCCUGCUACUACAGUUUUUUGACGUUGCCUCCUUAGCUGCCAGAUGAGGAAAUGUACGCAGUUACUUCCCACCACUGAAUAUGACUAAACUGAACUUAAAUCAUGGUCAAUAAAGGGAUCCAGAGAAUUGUAGCACGAU